GCACAAUCUGUUGAUCCUUGCGUAGGAAAAGUUGGACAGGCAGCUGCUCCUGAAGGUUGCGGUGCCCAGCAGCCAUCUGUUGCUGCACCACCACCAGCAGCAGAAGUUGUUCAAUCCAACUACCAACAGGCACCAGCAGGUUCUCAAUCUCAGGCUCAGCAGAGUGCACCUGAACCAGAUUACCAAGAGGGUGCAGCAGCUGGAAACCAAGAUUAUGAAAACCAGCCGUCACAAAGUGCAGGAGAAACUGGAGGUUAUGCUCAGCGACAACUGAGGCACUAA